AUGAGUGAAAGACGUUGCUCUCGCGUGGUCCCUAUAGGAUCUAACUAUAGUCCAGGUGAUGAUGAAGGCAAGAGUUGCUUCAAGUAUCAAAGUACCGAGAGUGAGGUCGUGGUAUGGAUACGCGAGAAGUCCGGGGAAAGCACGUUAUAUGUUCUUCUCUCAAGCCAGGCGCGAAAGGGACGACCCGACCUUUUAAGUAACGCAGGAGGAAAUUGCUCCGAGGCUGCUAUCGACCUAUCUCACCUCUACUUUUUGUCACCACAAUUUUCACUUUCGUUCAGGCGCGACGGCCGAGCGGCGGGGGCAUUCGAGAAUACGGGCCCAGCCAAGCCGCUUCGGCUGAAGGUUCGACUCGUACAGCUUAAACAAACCAUUCAUGUAGCCAACCAGGCCAGUAAAAAAUUGCGAGACCGCCGAGCGCAAAGAGUGGAAAUAAAGAUUGGCACACCACGCCAAUCGGGCCUCUUCGCUGUCCAAAGCUCUUCUCGCUCCCCAGAUCUUCUUGCAGGGGUAUGUGGAAAUGAGAUGAAGCGGCACAUAUGA